AAUCUAGCUCUCUCGCAGCAGGGAGGAAGAGCAGGGUGUGUAGUUGGGUGGGUGGGCGCGUGGGCAUGUGCAGGGGGGAGGGCGUGUGUGUGAGGGAAGCAGGCAUGUGAAUACCGGGGCAAGUGUGUUAGGGCAUGGUGCACAUGGGUUGGGGGCUCUAAGGUUGGGUGGGGGAAGGAGUCCAAGGAAACAGUGUGCCUUUGUGAGGGUGUGUGUGCCGCUGGGUCUGUGCAGUGGGUGUGGGUGUUUGUCUCCCUGUAUCCGCCUUCUCUCCCGUCCUGGACUUUUAGCCUUCCUGGGCUCGCCUUCCUCAUGUCCUUCCUCCUCCCUCUUGGGUCUCAAAUUGGGUGCCCUGGUGAAGGAGGGGGGCACACUCCAGAACCUAGUCCAACCCCAGACGCUGCCUGAGGCUUCCCUCCAGCUCCCCUCCCUUCGUUUUCUCCCUUUCCUCCCUCCCUCUCUUUCCCUUUCUCCCUCCCCCCUAAGGCUGGCGUGCCAGGGGGUGGGACAUGCCAAUCACUGGCUGUGCCUCUCCCGCUGCCAGCACAGGGCGCAGCUCCCCCCGGGAGCCAGGUGUUUGGGUCCCUGGAGACGCCGCCGGCCCCCAGGGAGGCAGUGGGGCUGAGGACCCUACAGACCCCUCUUCAGCCCCAUGGUGAUGACUUUCCUCUGAGGAAGCCCUGUAGCGUGCCCGGAAGAAGGGGCUCUCCAACCCCAGCCCCGCCUAGCCACCAUGAACACCUCAGCCCCACCUGCUGUCAGCCCCAACAUCACCGUCCUGGCACCAGGAAAGGGUCCCUGGCAAGUGGCCUUCAUCGGGAUCACCACGGGCCUCCUGUCGCUAGCCACAGUGACAGGCAACCUGCUGGUACUCAUCUCCUUCAAGGUCAACACGGAGCUCAAGACAGUCAAUAACUACUUCCUGCUGAGCCUGGCCUGUGCUGACCUCAUCAUCGGUACCUUCUCCAUGAACCUCUAUACCACGUACCUGCUCAUGGGCCACUGGGCUCUGGGCACACUGGCUUGCGACCUCUGGCUGGCCCUGGACUAUGUGGCCAGCAAUGCUUCCGUCAUGAAUCUGCUGCUCAUCAGUUUUGACCGCUACUUCUCCGUGACUCGGCCCCUGAGCUACCGCGCCAAGCGCACACCCCGCCGGGCAGCCCUGAUGAUCGGCCUGGCCUGGCUGGUUUCCUUUGUCCUCUGGGCCCCAGCCAUCCUCUUCUGGCAGUACCUGGUAGGGGAGCGGACAGUGCUGGCUGGGCAGUGCUACAUCCAGUUCCUCUCCCAGCCCAUCAUCACCUUUGGCACAGCCAUGGCUGCCUUCUACCUCCCUGUCACAGUCAUGUGCACGCUCUACUGGCGCAUCUACCGGGAGACAGAGAACCGAGCACGGGAGCUGGCAGCCCUUCAGGGCUCCGAGACGCCAGGCAAAGGGGGUGGCAGCAGCAGCAGCUCAGAGAGGUCUCAGCCAGGGGCUGAGGGUUCACCAGAGACUCCUCCAGGCCGUUGCUGUCGCUGCUGCCGGGCCCCCAGGCUGCUGCAGGCCUACAGCUGGAAGGAAGACGAGGAAGAGGAUGAAGGCUCCAUGGAGUCCCUCACAUCCUCUGAGGGAGAGGAGCCUGGCUCCGAAGUGGUGAUCAAGAUGCCAAUGGUGGACCCCGAGGCACAGGCUCCCACCAAGCAGCCCCCCCGGAGCUCCCCAAAUACAGUGAAGAGGCCGACUAAGAAAGGGCGUGAUCGAGCUGGCAAGGGCCAGAAGCCCCGUGGGAAGGAGCAGCUGGCCAAGCGGAAGACCUUCUCACUGGUCAAGGAGAAGAAGGCGGCUCGGACCCUGAGUGCCAUCCUCCUGGCCUUCAUCCUCACCUGGACACCGUACAACAUCAUGGUGCUGGUGUCCACCUUCUGCAAGGACUGUGUUCCCGAGACCCUGUGGGAGCUGGGCUACUGGCUGUGCUACGUCAACAGCACCAUCAACCCCAUGUGCUAUGCGCUCUGCAACAAAGCCUUCCGGGACACCUUUCGCCUGCUGCUGCUUUGCCGCUGGGACAAGAGACGCUGGCGCAAGAUCCCCAAGCGCCCUGGCUCCGUGCACCGCACCCCGUCCCGCCAAUGCUGAUGGUCCCCUCUCCUGCAUCCCUCUACCCCAGUCCCCAGGAGAGGCCGGUGGGAAGUGGGCAGGGGCUGCAUCCUCAGCCCCAGGGCCCUGCUCAGGCCUCACCUGGCUUCCCAGGCCCCUGGGUCACCUUCCUGGGCAGCCCAGAGAGACCCUGCCAACUUUCCAGACUUCGCUAUUCCCAGGCAGGGAGGGAAACCUGGGGAACUGGUUUUUCUGUUCCCUGCUGAGUGAGAAUGGGCUCUUCACCAGGAAGAAGGCCCGGGAGGAGGAUCCGGGCUUUGGACUCCUUGUUUGCCUUUAGGCAGGAAGUCAGGAGCCAGCAGGGCGGGCCAGGAGAAAGAAGGCUUAACAUUAAGUAUUCCUUGGCCCAGCGGCCGCCCGGAUUGUGGUGUGAGAUGGUGCGCCGUGGGGGGCACAGUCAGGAACUGAACCGGCCACUGGGAGAAAAGCCUGACUACAGGGAGCUGGGGAACCCGACCUGGGGAUCCCCUCACUUCAUAGGCAGAGCCCGGCCACCUGGGCCCUAGGCAUACUCUCCAGGAUUGUCCAGACCCCCGACGUAUGUCCCCAGAGGGUCCCUAGGUGGGUCAACUCCAAGGCAAAUGUCCAAACAUCAAGAAGAUAAUGACACUGGAGGGGUCCGGCUUGGCUAGUCACACAUCAAGUCCCAAGGCAGCAACAGGGCCGGGAGCCAGGUGUGCCGACUGUCCUACAGUAUCAUUUUCCUGGGAGUGGGAGUCAAGUGUGUCUGCUCUCCAGCCCCACAUCCAUACCCCUGCCCCAGAGAAGCCUCAGUCCCUCCCUCCUGGCUCACAGCCACCACCUGGAGGAUCUGCUCCAUGCAGAUGUAGCCAGGCCUCCCGCAUGCUGCCUGCCUCCGGCCCUGCCCCACACAGGCCUGGCCCAGCCAGCAGGUUCUCUCCUGUGAGCUCCCCAAUCCAACCCGUGCAUGGCCUCCCAGCCACCCGGAUCUCCAGGCCCAGCCUGGCCCCAAAUGUUCUUUCCUUCAUCCUCAGCAAGUGCUGAGUCUGUGAAUAAAGCCACAUAACCAGCGGGCACUAA